CAUUCCUGCGCACAGCCGAAAAAGCCUUGCCGACCCACAGCUUCCAGCCUCAUCCCCACGCAUUCCCAUCGCCUCAGGCAUUACAUGGGAAGCACCAUGUCUACCGGAAGCAGCAAACCGGCGCAGUGGCCGCCCGCCACCAGGCAGCCCGACGAGCAGCUGGCCACCUUUGCGGGCGGCUGCUUCUGGUCUGUGGAGCUGGCCUUCCAGCGCGUGCCAGGCGUGGUGGCCACAGCCGUGGGAUACUCACAGGGCCACGUUGACCAUCCCACCUAUGAACAGGUGUGCAGCGGGCGGACGGGGCACACUGAGGCGGUACAGCUGACGUACCGGCCCUCAGAGGUCACCUAUGACCAGCUGUGCGACGCUUUCUUCAAGAAGAUCAACCCCAUGCAGAAGAAUGGGCAGGGCAACGAUCACGGCAGCCAGUACCGUACCGGCAUCUACUGGCACAACGAGGAGCAGCAGAAGGUGGCGCAGGCGCGGGUGGCGGCCAUCCCGGGCUGUGCAGUGGAGGCUGAGGCGUUCAAGAGCUUCUGGCCAGCAGAGGAGUAUCACCAGCAGUACCUCGAGAAGGGAGGGCGCGGCGGGCGCGGGCAGUGCGCCGCCAAGGGCUGCACAGACCCCAUCCGCUGCUACGGGUGAAGCCCAGAGCCAGCUGAUCGUCACUGAUGUGGGCUCUGCCUGCAGCUGUUGGCAGGCGCCAAAGACGCCGCGGCGGCGCAGCACGAGCCGCCUGGCAUGAGUUCAGGUGUUGCCUGGCACAGCUCAUGCACAUAAAUUUCAUGCCUUCUGCCUUUCUGAUGUGUCACUUUCUGCGGAAUGGAUGUACAAUAGCAGUGUAAUAUACUCACUG